UAUAUGUGGUUAAAGGAGAGGCACCACCACUGUUCGGCCGUGAAUGGCUAAGGAACAUCAACAUAAACUGGCGUGAAAUAAAGACAGUGCGAACAGGGCACAAGGCAAGUGAGGAAACGCUGGAGAGUGUCCUAAAUCGCCACAUGGAAGUGUUUAACAAGGAAUUGGGAACACUGAAAGGAUUUGAAGCGUCACUGACACUGAGGCCAGACCAUCAGCCAAAGUUCUGUCAAGCCCGGGGGGUACCGUAUGCGUUGAGGCCUAAAGUCGAAGCGGAAAUAGAGCGUCUCCUACAGCAAGGGGUUAUCGCCCCGGUUCAGUUCAGCGACUGGGCAACCCCCAUAGUGCCCGUCAUGAAGAAAAAUGGAGGUGUGAGGAUUUGUGGAGAUUUUAAGGUGACGGUGAAUCCAGCCCUGUGCGCUGAACACUACCCAAUACCUCGCAUUGAAGAUUUGUUUGCGUCCUUGUCUGGGGGACAUCGUUUCAGCAAACUGGACCUUUCACAGGCCUACCUUCAGGUACCAGUUAAGAAAGAUUCCCGCAAAUACCUCACAAUCACCACCCACAAGGGCAUGUUCUGCUACAAUCGUUUACCAUUUGGAAUCACCUCUGCGCCCUCCAUAUUCCAGAGAAUUAUGGACCAAGUGCUCCAAGGGCUGCCCAAUGUGCAUUGUUUUCUUGAUGACAUUCUCAUCACAGGCAAAGAUGAUGCGCACCAUCUGAAGAAUCUCGAAGCGGUACUGAGUCGCCUUGAAAAAUUUGGGCUCCGAGCUCAAAAAGAGAAAUGUGAGUUCUUCAGGAGCUCGCUAGAUUACUUGGGGCACACGAUUGAUUCUGUAGGGCUUCACAAGUCUGACGACAAGAUCAAAGCCAUUGUAGAGGCCCCUGUGCCUACUGAUACGACUCAGUUGCGCUCCUUCCUGGGGCUCAUUAACUAUUACGCACGCUUUGUCCCGAACAUGUCAACACUUUUACACCCAUUGAAUGCAUUACUCCACAAGGGGGUGAAGUGGGAAUGGUCCAGGAAAUGUGAUGAAGCUUUCCAAAAAGCAAAAGAACAGCUAUCCAGCAAAAGUGUACUGACACAUUACAACCCCAGGCUUCCAGUUAUACUCGCCUGCGAUGCCUCGCCCUAUGGGGUGGGGGCAGUCAUCUCGCAUCGACUGCCAAAUGGGGAGGAACGACCCAUAGCCUUCGCUUCGCGCACCCUUAGCAAGGCAGAGCAGAAUUAUGCUCAAAUUGAGCGAGAGGCUUUAGGAAUAAUAUUUGGAGUCAGACGUUUUCAUUCCUACCUUUAUGGCCGUCAUUUCACCCUACUCACAGAUCACCGGCCCUUGACAACAAUCUUGAGCCCUAGCAAAGCGACACCGUCCAUGGCUGCUGCAAGACUACAGCGCUGGGCACUCAUCUUGGCAGCACACGAUUACACAAUAAGGUACAGAUGCGCCGCUGACCAUGGUAACGCGGACGGUCUGUCGCGUCUGCCUCUGCCCGUGCAACACAAAGAAGCACAAGGGGCAGUCGAGUCAUUUCUGAUAAAACACAUUGAGAGUUUCCCAAUUCACUGCAGUGAAGUGAAAAGACAAACCAAAGCAGAUGUCACACUCUCCCAGGUGAUCGAGAUGGCGCUGACGGGUCGUUUUCCACCAGCCAAGGAUGCGGACAGCUGUUUGGCCCCAUACAUCACACGGAAAGAUGAACUGUCCGUACUUCAAGGCUGCUUAAUGUGGGGUAAUCGAGUGGUAGUCCCACCCAAACUACGUCAACAUGUCCUAGACGAACUCCACACCGGACACCCGGGUGUGGUUAGGAUGAAAUCCCUGGCAAGAAGCUACGUGUGGUGGCCGGGACUAGAUCUACAGGUGGAGGAGAGGUGCAAAGGAUGCGAACCGUGCCAACGAGGUCAGAAGAACCCUCCUCUCACACCACUGCAGUCAUGGCCCUGGCCAACAGGUCCGUGGCAGCGAAUUCAUAUCGAUUUCGCUGGCCCCUUUGAGGGGCGCAUGUUCUUCGUCAUUGUGGACGCUCAUUCCAAGUGGCCCGAAGUCAUAUUGAUGGAUUCAACCUCAUCUGCAAAAACUAUUGAAGUUCUAAGAGGCCUCUUCAGUCAUUACGGGGUACCAGAGGUCUUAGUCAGUGACAAUGGGCCCCAAUUUACUUCUGAGGAGUUUGCCCACUUUCUGACGUCAAAUGGCAUCACGCACAAACGCUCCGCUCCCUUCCAUCCGGCAACGAACGGCCUGGCAGAGCGUUUCGUGCAGACAUUUAAACACUCUCUGAAGUCGUCUAGGGGUACAGCCUCGGUGCAACGGCGACUUGAUGCUUUCCUGCUACAGUACCGAAACACCCCCCACGCCACUACAAAAGAGUCACCUGCGACGCUGUUUCUCCGUCGCAGACUGCGCACCCGCCUAGACCUGCUGAAACCGAGCGUGUCAGCAGUGGUGGAGCGAGCGCAAGAGGACCAACAGCGACACCAUGAUGCACACGCUAAAGAGAGAACUUUUGAAGUGGGAGACCCAGUGCUUGUCCGGGACUAUCGGAGAGGGGAGGAAAAGUGGAUGACUGGUACGGUUACAUCGCAAGCAGGCCCAAGGUCAUACCAAGUCGAAGUUGCGUCCAAUCAGCAAUGGAAUCGUCAUGCGGACCAGAUGAUGGCCUGUCACCCCAGCAUCGUGCAGCACGCCGCAGAGAAACAACCAACACCUGCAGCGCCUGCAACUGCAGUCGUGGCACCGGCCAUACCUGACACCGGUGACGCGUCGGAGACAGCAAGCCCGGUGACGGUAACAAGCUCACCACCUUCAGGUCAGUCAGACACGCACAACAACCCUGCAACACCCCAGCCAUCACUGAACAGAUAUCCAAGGCGGGUGUGCAAACCACCUGACAGACUGACCCUGUGAACAACCUGCCUGGUAUGAUCUCUGAAGUGUUUAGUUACCGAGUGGUGUCUGAAGUAGGGGGCACAAUAAUCCCCCGACACACUCAAGGUGUUGAGGCAGUCUACCCUCACCCUUAAGUUAGGAUAUUAUGUUCAAUACUGUUGGAUUAGUUACUAAUGUAAUGCUACUGUUAAAGUUCCGGAGCAAUAAUUUCAAAAUCAUUUUUUGGGAUCCUGGUAACUGAAUAAGAGGGGAGGAGUUGUGAUGUAUUGGUAUUUCAUAUUGUGUCACACCACACCAACUGGUGGCGCUCUCGUACCUCCAAUAUGUAUCAUAGGACUGAAUUGAAUAAACCAGUGUGUAAGUACCCAUCUGAGAGUCCGGU